UGGGUGACUGCCCCUUUAAGAAAUCACAGCACUAAGCCUUGGUUCGUGACGUUAGUUGUCUUGCGCUGAGAAACUGUGUGCAGGAAACGCCAGGCAAAGAGAAGAGAUCACGCUUUCCAACACCGUGGCACAGUACAAACAACGGAAAAUGUGCUACACGGUAUAUUAUUAAUGUUCGGGAACGGCCAUUCUCUUCGGCUUCUUACCAGGACCUUCGGAGACGACCCUCGAAAGCUUUUCCGCCGAGGGAUUUGACAACUCCCACCCUUCUGCGGUCUGAAAACAUCGGGGCGACCAGCGGGUGGGUAGAGGAUUCGUGGAGACGGGCUGUCUGUUUUCUGAAGCCAUGAGGGAGUAUAAAGUGGUCGUGUUGGGCUCGGGCGGCGUGGGCAAAUCUGCAUUGACUGUCCAGUUUGUGACAGGAUCCUUUAUUGAGAAAUACGACCCCACAAUAGAGGAUUUUUACCGAAAGGAGAUCGAGGUGGACUCGUCCCCAUCUGUUCUGGAGAUACUGGACACGGCGGGGACCGAACAGUUCGCCUCCAUGCGAGACCUGUACAUAAAAAACGGGCAGGGAUUUAUUUUGGUAUACAGUCUGGUCAACCAGCAGAGCUUCCAAGACAUCAAGGCGUUGAGGGAUCAAAUCAUUCGAGUGAAAAGAUACGAGCGAGUGCCCAUGGUAUUGGUUGGAAAUAAGGUGGACUUGGAAGGCGAGAGAGAGGUCUCUUCCGGGGAAGGCAAGGCGCUGGCUCAGGAGUGGAAUUGCCCGUUUAUGGAAACUUCUGCCAAAAAUAAAGGCUUGGUCGACGAACUGUUCGCAGAAAUCGUGAGACAGAUGAACUAUUCCUCUUUACCCAGUAGUGGAGGUCGCUGUUGUUCUUGUGUUCUUUUCUAAGAAAACAUGUUUAAGUUUGCAACUGUGAUGCUUAUCUAGCUACGUAAAACUCAUAAAAAACAAGGCCUGUUUUGAUAACUUGGUAAUAACAAAAUUAUACGGCCUCUUUUUGAAAAUGCGACCGUCAGUAUUGGAAAGCUAUUUGCACACGCAAUCGACGAUGACAACAAUAGAUAUUGAAAUAGCCUAAAAAGUGUUUACAUGACAAAGUACUUGAAUGUUUGAGAUUUAAAAAAAAAUAUCACACAGCUUUGUAAGUGACACUUCUCUGGAAACGUGCCUCACUGGGAAUGUCUUAUUGUAAAACCUAAGAGACACCUUUUUUUUGUUAUGGAACUUUGGUGGGGUUUGAUUACUGUUGAGUUGUACUUUUUCACGUCUUCUGGGCGGGUCCUUCUGGCCUGGAGAGGGAUUAGAUGAUUUCUCCCUUUGCUGAACAGGGAUUGGUCACUUUUUAUGGAUUCUGCUGGGCUCAAGGACCCCAUGCAAAAGCUCAUGUUUUUAUUUUUACUGUGUCAAAUAAUCCCCAAACUCCUGUCAGUGAAUAUGCACUGGAACUAGCCUAAACCUGAGCAUCCAAUUAAAAUGACUAAACAUAACAAAUAGCCUAAACAUCAAGAAAUAGUACAUUACCUGCUGAAACAAAGUCCUACCAAGAUGUGUUGUCAGGCCAUUGAGUGUUGUGGAUUGCUUUUUUGUGUUUUUGUUCUAGACUUGGUGACGUUGGAUUUAACUUCCCCUGCCAGUCUCACUCUUCAAUGUGCACAAACAAGGACCUUACUGAUGUGACAUGGGGGGGAAACAGGACCCCAUGUCAAGUGCCUUCCUAAGAAAUACACCUGUGUCUGUAUGUGCCAACCAAGGAGCCCUCCAAUCACAACAGUACUUUACGGUUUCAUUUUCAUUUCAGUUGGGCUCAUAGUGAAAGAGGGUUACUUCUGGGUCGUUCCGAUUGAUUUCAAUCACUUUUUGACCACACUCCUUUUUGAUUUGAACUAAACUUUCCAUACACAUUUGCCCAUGGUAGAAGUUGUCAGAAAGUUACAUUUUGGACCUGAAUGCCAAAACAUUCAGGAGAUAGAGGUGCUCAAAGUUGCCCAAUUUAGCAUACCCCAACAUACCAUGAGACAUUUCUUCAUCACUGUAAAAUAUAAAUGCUUUAGUUUGAUAUAAUUUAAAAGCUUACAAACAGGGUUGUCAAACUAUUUAAUAUAUUUUUUAACCUUUUAACAUCAAUUAUCAAAAAAUGCGUAAACUCUAAUUUACAUAAUCUGAGGUAUAUGUGUUGUGCCUGCCAUCAGUUGAGACACGGCAUACUCUUGAAUACAGAUUGGGUGCCAUUUCAAUCUUAGAAAUAUAAUUAAUAGAAUUGACCUAUCCCUUCAGACCAGUGCAAUUUAUCUGGUACACCAUGGAAAUUGACAUUUUUACUUCCAAUUACUUUCACAAAGAUGGCCGCCGUUCUACUCACCGUUGAAUGUCAAGUUAAAUGGGAAUGUCUAUUCUAUUAUCUAUAUUUCUGUGAUUUCAAUAGGUUUCAUAUGGAAGAUUGACAGUGUAAUUUUAAACAACUGAUCUUCUCAUUCAAGUCAACAUUUUUUUAUGUGUGGACCUCCAACCAUCAUUGUGGUACCAUUUGAAAGCUGAAACUUCUGUUAUUCCCAUUUUAGUACAUUUAGCCAAAACAUGACACCCACCCUGUAUUCAAGAGAAUGCUGUGUCUCAACCAAUGACAGGCACAAUACAAACACCUCAGAUUAUGUAAAAUCGGGUCUAUGCUAGUACAAAUGCGAAAAAUGAAAAAGUCUUAAGUUGAUGCGUUUUCAGAUAAUUGAAGUUAAAAGAUAAUAAAAUUGUAUUUAUUUUACUUUUUUCAAGAAAUUAUCAGAUAGUUUGACAACCCUGUUUUGUGAGCUUUUAAAUUAUAUCAAACUCAACUGUUUUAUAUUUUCCAGUGGUGAAGACAUGGUGUUCAAAAAGUGAUGUGAUUUGAAAUGAAAUGGAACGACCCUUUGUCUUUUUCAGUGAGGAAGUUGAGGUGUAGAUGGAAUAACAGCUAUUUCAGGGCGAAGUUUGGCCUAUUUUUUUUUCCACACUGGUACUACUACACUGAGUAUGAACCCAAACAGCUUUAUGUUGUGGGUUCAGCAAAAAGUAAGCCAUGUUUGUUUUUUAUUUUAGAAAUAGUUUCUUUCUGAAAUGUGAAAUCCUGAUUCAAUUGUAAUUUUGACCCCAGACAAGCCUUUUACCACCCACCUGUCUGGAUUGAAUAACUUUUAAUACAAAAGGCAUUGUAUGUAAA